AUGAGUCAGAUUGACUAUGGUCAGACGGCGGAGGACCACCAAGCAUUCCUCAUCCUCGUCCGGAACACAGGUCAACAUCUGUGCAGCAGAUCUUUCAACAGAGCAUGGGAGCGCAUACGCAAACUCAACUGUGUCACAGUACCGGGGCAGAAACGCAUCGCUUGGGUCAGGUACAAAAGAACAUACUCAAAAGAAAACAAUGAGUGGGGAGAUUUCCAGGCUCAUCGGAAGGUUCUUGGACUUGUUUCGAUAGGACAAUGUAACGAUUUGAAUCAAUUUGAAGAACUUUUUGAUAACUACCGAAAAGUGAAGGAAGAAUAUGCGUCAACGUUAUUUAACUCUCGUUUGUUUGUGUUUGGUAUGAACACUGACGGAUCUCCCUUAAAUGAGGAGGAAAAGGAGAAUUAUAAGAAAGAAAGAGGAGAAAAAUUUUCAUCAAGUUCUUCUCGCAGUGGAAAAUCAUCACCAGUACACAGUGAAGAUAGUGGAGUAACCCCUGAUCUCAGUCCCACAGAAGUCGGGAAUGAUUGUGAAAUAACAAAAACCGAUACAGAAACAGAAUCGGAUGUAAAUAAAUCAACAAGUGCAAUUUCUUCUCAGGUAGAUCCAAAACCUACUGAACAGUUACAAAGUGAUUCAAAACCUGAAUGUCGGGUAGACAAUGACGAAAAUUUGUCACGGUCAAGUGCACCAAAUGAACUGCCAACUUCAUGCCCUGGUGAUGACAGUACUAAGUCGGAGUCAGAUUUGGGGGUAUCAAGUGAAGUGCCCACAUCACGACCACAUAGUAACAGUUUAACGAAGGAAAGCAUGGGUGCCGAAGUUUUAUUUUGUCCCAGUCUUGAUUCUUGCAGUGACCUUGAAGAGAAGAUAAGAGACUUUGUGACCUCGAUUUUCUUUGUGCUAGAAGGAAAACGUCUCGACCGAUCUUUUGAACGUGCAGACAAGAUGCAGCUUCUUUGUGCACCUUUUGAAAGGAAGGAUUAUGUUGGUCUUGACACAGAUACAAAAUCAUAUCGUAAGAAGUGCCAAGGACGGUUACGAAAACACUUAGGUGAUCUUUGUUUACAAGCUGGUAUUCCAGGGGAGGCAAUUCUGCAUUAUCAGACUGCCAUAGACAUCCUGCGACCAGUCAACGACUGGUUAUGGAUAGGAGCUUGUUUUGAAGGCAUUUGCUCAGCAUCUGUGAUAGUCCGUUUUCCGAAAAGCCAAACUCCGACAUUGAGACGUAAUUUUUCCCUACAGGCCAAAUUAGGGUCAUCCAUGGCUAAUGACACCAAACUGAGAACAGGAAAUGUAAAACACAAUUACACCAAUGGAUACCAGGAUCAGGAAGAUUCGCCGAGAUCUGCACUCGGACCAGAUGACAUUGUGGAGAAAUAUCGAGAAGCCCUCGUACAUUACAGCAAGUUCAAGGGGUCUGGAAUGAUUGAGAUGGAGGCUUGUUUGAAGGCAUGCCGUGUCCUGGUCAUACAGCGGAAAUAUCUCCAGGCCUCUGAUUUUCUACAAAAUGUUGUCUACAUCAAUCUUCAGACUUCUGAUGAAGAUAAGAUAAACCGUUACUGUACCUUAUCCCAGUUAUACGGAGAGAUAGGCUUUCAGCGAAAGGCUGCCUUCUUUAAACGUAUUGCAGCAAUGCAGUGUGUGUCCCCCCAGAACCCUCAGCAAAACUGGAGACUGUGUCACAGCUUGGUUAUGCAGUGUCUGGAUGGCUACAGUAUUUGUCUGGACCCUAAAGAUAUUCCUAAAGGUAUUGUAUAUGGAUGGCCUGUACUUCAGGCUCGAGUGCUGAAUGAGCUAAUCUUCUCAGCCCGUCGUACCGGUAACAUUCCCGUAGCUAUCAGACACCUGAGUCUGUUACUACACACCCUGUUUGAUACUUUGACGACUCAGGACAAAAGGGACAUCAUAAAUACCCUCCAGAGCCUCACAGCAAAGUCAGAGGGCACGACUGCCCCUCUUGCCCUCAACAGUGGGGUCAUCCUGCCCCCUAUACCUCUUAAUAAUAUACCACAAGUCAGGUCUUUCAAAUUAAUACCACUUUCACCACAUCUACAGCCAGUUAAGAUUGAAUCCAAGGUUGAAAAACAGGACACAGGACCUUUCAUCUUCACCCCACUGUCCCUCGGCCACACAGACGUCCAGAAUAAAACUCAUGUUGAUUUCUGCUGGGUGGAGCAUGAUAUGUGUGAAGUACAGCUUCAGGUGUGCAAUCCACUCCCUGAUGAGCUCAGUAUUAAACAGAUGUCAUUAAUGACAGAUGGUGUUGAAAUUGAAGCUUAUCCAACCAAUCCUACCAUACCUGCUGAGUCAGGUCCAAGUCUAGUCAAAGUACUUAGUCGUCCCCGAUCUUCAGGUGACCUCUGUAUCCUUGGUUACACAACUCACUUACUUGGGAUGAAGAGUCAGUGUCGUUUGCGUGACCUCCCUGAACUUCGUGAUCUACGGACAACUGUAACUGUAAUUCCUGCCCUCCCUCAGAUCACACUUACAGCUUCACUUCCAAAGGUUGCAACCUUUACUUCUGUCGGUGAUGGUGCUAACGUUGUAACUAGUGGUACAACCUCAAUCUACGCAGGUCAAAGUAAAGAGUGUAUGAUCACACUUCGUAAUACUAGUAACCAGCCUGUUGAGAAGAUCUCGGUCAGUCUUGAUUGUCAUCCUGACCAAAAAGAGCUUCAGUCAAAAGUGUUCCAGUGGAGCCAGGAGAACCUUGAUGCCCAGCUUCCUCUCCAGCCAUCUGGGCUUGUCUGUUUUACUUUGUGUAUCUAUGGUAACUCUGACUUCCUGUCUAACAAAAGUUCCCGUGGUGGAUCACUGUCCUCCGAACUCUCUAAUCCUGAUGAAUAUGAAUCCAAGUGUGUAGAGUCACUGCUGAGAUUGGAGUACAGUGGAGGUCCUGGGCUGGAGGCUGGAUACUGUCGACACUGUGCUAUUGCCUUCAGUGUUGAUAUUCUUCCUUCCAUUAUCUUCCAUUCCUGGGAAGCUCUCCCUUCAGAAAGUCCUGACCACUGUGUAUUAGCUUUUGAUGUUUGUAAUGUAUGCUGUGAGCCAGUGGAAGUGCAAUAUAACGUAGACGAUGGCUUCAAGUUGGAACCCAAACAGAUACGAAGGCUUACUAUGCAGAUAGAGAAGUGUAAAUUUCCUGAUCCUGGUCCUGAGCUGGAUGUAGCUGACCGCCUUCAGAUGACCAAGCCUCCCCCACCGGUCAUCAGCCGGUAUAGCCAACACCUAGAUGGAUUCAUACACAUUCUCUGGACUAUGUGUGGUACAAAGAACUGUGGAAAGAUGAGGACAGAGCACCUGACUUGGUCUUCACAGCAAAUAGAGCUCAUCAAAGUGUCUGAUGUCUCCUGGAAUGUAAGUGUUAAUGACCAGUGCUGUUCUGCCCAUUCCAUACCAGUAGUGUGCACUGGUAAACUUGUCAACAUCGAAAUCCUUAUCACCUUUCGUGCCGGUGUGUCCUACACCAGUGCUGUAUUGAUGGUCAGUUGUGGACUUCUGACUGACCACACAUCUGUCCACUCCUUGGAUACUGACCAGGUCACUGUGCUGGGUUCACAGUCCUACCAACUGACCAAUGUCAGAGGAGAGGACAGUGCUCGCUACAGAACAUCCUAUCUUUUCCACUACAGUGGCACCUACAGGUUUAACGUCAAGUGUGUUGCUUCAGAAUCAAGACAAGAUGGCGAAAAAGACCAUAUAUGGAAAUGCCAUGAUAUACAAGUUCGGGUCAUAGAUGAGGAGUGAUGGAUUGGACACAGUUUUCUUUCUGUCAGAUGCAAACAUAAAAUAUUUUAUAUUAAUGAUUAUAGAAACUUUAUCUUCAUUUCAGACUCAUUGUUCCCUUUGUUUACUACACAUCUAACUGUUGAUGCAUUUCUAUAACAACUUAUUUAUACUAUCAGUUUAUCAAUCUUAUUCCAAUCUUUUUUCACCUUUGCUACAUUUUGUUUAUUUUUGUAAAUCCAAAUCACCAGCCCCUGUUGUCAAAUCCAAUUAAUUACUUUAAAAUU